CACUUAAAUCAAAAACAAUAAAAGUUACUGCAGUAAUGGAGUUUUCAAACAAUUUCGGUAGUAUUAUUUUGAAUACUUCAGCCCUUAAAUAGUAAACCUUCCAUAUUUGAAAUGAUAAUCGCAUCGUAAAUUGAACUCCUCUUUUGGAUUUAAAGGUUUCGUUUUUGGGAAAGCAUAAACUGCGAUUCCUUCUGACUUAACACAUCAUACAUUCCAGUCAUCAAUCAAAAUGGUUUUGUUGUAGAGCCUCAGAAUAAACUCAGACAUCAAUUGAAGAGCGGUCGUUGCUCGGUUAUAGGGGAGCAAAACCAACACAAUCCAAAUGCGAGACCACUGCAAUGUGUUGAGAUCUUACCUACAACAAAUGUGCAAACGCGCUAUCCAACGCCAAGCCAACCAUCAAGUUCCGAAAAAGACACCAAAAGAGUGAAGCCAAACAAACAUACUCAUUUACCCAUCACCUUCUCACUAUUGCUUCGAUGUUCUUCGCCAUGAGGCGUUGAAAAAUUGCACCUUCCGCCACAAAACGCGCGCACCCACCACGAUCGUUUCCUGCUACAUUAAUAUGUAUCACCUUCAAAUUUUAAAUAUCAUUAAAACACCAUAUAUUACGCCAAUCUCUCAGAAGGAGUGAGUUUUGAGGCGGUUUUCGAUGCUACCAACUGGACACUAAAUUGAAAGUAAUAAUUAUGACAUGCUGUUAAAAAUAAUAGCUUUCGUUUCGAAUGAUAAAUACUUUGGUCUGUGGCACGAUAAGCCGUCUCGUCACAUCAUACUCCUUAAAUGCUUCCGUUUUGUGUCUGGGAGAGUGCGUGUCUCGUUUUAACCAUCAACCAACCAUCAAACUGAUGGUCAGGAUUGCGACCAUCAUCACCACCAUAAUCAUAUCACCUGUUGGUUAUUCUUUUUCAUUUCAUGAAGUUUUUUUCUUCCUCUUGACCAACGGCUGCCCGAAUGGGUACGGAAAAUUAAUGAUCGAACAAUGCGCUAUGUAUGAAUGAUUUUCAGGCAGACACUAAAUUGCCCCGAAUACUAGUAUAGUACAACUUAAUUGUUUUAGUGUUUUAACUGCGUUCCAGGCAACAAUUGCAGCACAGUACCCUAGUCGAUGACCAAUUCUGUACAGUUGAUCUAAUGUGCAUGCAUCACAGCAAACGUAAAAUAGAAAACUCUUUAUUAAAAUAGGAUCUUCCGCAUUUUUAUUCGCGUUUCAGCUCUGUCACCAGAUAAUAAAAUCUAAUAUUCGUGCUUUGUGAAAACCACGCAAGAUCUGAUAUUUGCAAUGCAUGGCCGGCUUAUGCGCGCGCGAGCGUAACUAUACAUCCUGCUCCUGCAUGUAUCCUUUUCGUUGUAAAGAAAGAGAAAACACUUGUUUUGUUCGUAAAACAGGGCGGUCACAAUGCUGGCAAUCUCGACGUUCUCUUUUAUUUCUUUGUUUGUGGAAGCUAACGGGGUGGGUUUUUGUACUGCACAUGUUGUCUCUAGCACACUCAUGCGUUGUAGCAAGAAAACGAUCUGGUUCGUCUCUCUCUCGUUCUAAUCUGUACACUUUUGUCGACGAAAACGCACGUUGCUCGAUUGUGGAACAUGUGGAAUCGAUGAAGCACACUCAUUGCUAAUGCUGUAUGGCGCGCGUCCAUAGUGAAGAACAAACAUGAGCAAAAGAGACAACAUGCGAUGCCAUGGCAAUAGUUGUCUCGUUGUUUAACAGCAGCAUCCGCGAACACAACGAACGAAGGAGAUACGCGAACGGCGCAUGGUGUCGUAGCGACCACUUGAUUCCGGGUUUCCAACACUUUCGGUCGCAAUGCGAAACUCUUCGCGGUGAUCGUGUAUCGUACAAUGCGAUCGAUGGUUGAUUAGGCCGCGAUUCUUAAUCGAUGUGGUGAAUGUUUUGAUUAGUUCUGUUUACCAUCUCUAAAUCUGCAUAACAGGUUUGUGAAAUGUUUUCGUUCAUUUUCAAUUGUGUAGCAAUUAUCAGUGAUACAAACAGUUUUCAAAAGGCGUGUUUAAGUCACAAGUGGUUAUAAAGUGACGAUAUUAUAUGUUCGAUCUAUGUCAAUAUGUGACAGUGUUACACUAAAUAAGUGUUUUCGAGUCUGUUGUGAUAGCAAUUGUGUUAUUGGCUAAUGUACAACAGUAUUGUACAUCAACGAAGAAAUCAAACUACAGUCUGUGUAAUACAAUUCGUAAUUAGUGUAAUCAUUUAUCAGUGAUAACAGUAAUAGUUUAUCUUCUCGUGUAGUGCUCUAAAAAUCGAAACAGUUUGUUGCUCAGCAAACCGACGCAGCAGUAUAAUUUCGAUUCCCAGUACCAUGAUGCUAUUAAGUGUCAUUUCAUUUCACCGUACCAAGUGAUCUACAAACCUGACAACAGCGAAUAAUGAGUUUGUGCUUCCGAUUCUUGCCGUAGUUAAAACCCAAGCUAUGGAAUUGCAUGUUCACUGUUUUGUGUGUCUUUUAUCGAAAUACCUACAAAGUGGCUUGGCAUUAUAAACAGGCAAUAUUCGAUCAUAUAAAAUGACGCGAGCAUAGUUCACAGUGUGUGUUCCAAUCUUUCCCAAUCGUCUUCAUGCAAUCAAAUCAGCGAUGAAGUGGCCAGAAAUAAGUUCAAACCAAUUCAUUUGACAAGGCCCCCAUAUUUUGCGACAUUGUGUUAUAUUGUGUUUUGAAAGUUGACAGGUUAGUGCGUGCAAAAGCGUCGAUCUAUUGUGCUUGAAAAUGAGUUCUUUCCUCAUGGGUUAUCCGCACCAUCACAUUCAAUCCAUGGGGAUUAAUAUUGAGCCUAAGUUUCCUCCCAGCGAGGACUAUCCAAGCUUCCAUAACGGAUAUGGUGCAGUCAAUGGUAUAACGCAAUCUGGAAAUCAGGAUUACCUACACCAUGUCCAGUCCGAUUCACUACAUCUUUCUGGGGCGGUGGGUGUUGGCGCUGCAACCGGAAACGUGCCUGCCGGCGGUAAUGGUCACGUUACCGGUAGCGGAAGUAAUGGAGGAGGUGGAGCCACUUCGGGAUACAACGAUUACUCGUCUUCGAUGGUGGGCCAUUAUUAUCACCACCCGCAUCAUCAUCACCACCAUCACCAUCAUCAUCCACACGCCCAUCAUACACAUAAUGGGUAUGUGUCGCCGGUGCAGAUGCAGCCAACGCCAACCACACCCAUUGCCCCACCCAUCCCUGCUCUACCACCUACUGUUCCGACUACGGUAUCAAACACCUCCGUUUCCAGUCACAAUUCUUUCUCGGCAAAUGUGACUCCCGGAUACUACAACGGGUACUAUGCAGCCACAAAUCAAGGUCAUCCAUCGAUGAUGGACACGCCAUUACAAUGUGUUGGUUCCGAAGUAAGCAACACAGCUUUGGGACUUCAGGAACUUGGAAUGAAGUUGGAUAGGCGAAUAGAAGAAGCAGCUCCUACAGGGCAGCAGCUGCAAGAGCUUGGUAUGAGGUUACGUUGCGAUGAUGCCAGCUCCGAUCAGGUAAGUUUCCGUUCUGCCCGCUCACUUCAGUCGUAUAACAACGACCACCCGAACAUUAUGUUACGAAUUUUGACUUCCUUUUUUCUUUGUGUACAAUUGCAGGACGAGUUCCUAGACGAAGAACGCUUAAUGCUCGAUCGAUCGCCCGACGAGUUGGACUCCAACGAUGGCGAUAUGGAUGACCUGGACUCCGAUAAUGAUCUUGGAGACGAUUUGAUGCACGCAACUAGUGAUGGUGAACGUAUCAUUUAUCCAUGGAUGAAGAAAAUCCACGUCGCUGGCGUCGCUAAUGGAUCGUUUCAACCAGGCAUGGAGCCAAAGCGACAACGUACCGCUUAUACCCGUCAUCAAAUUCUAGAGCUGGAGAAAGAGUUUCACUACAAUCGUUACCUUACACGACGUCGCCGGAUAGAGAUAGCGCACACGUUGGUCCUUUCGGAGCGACAGAUUAAAAUCUGGUUCCAAAACCGACGAAUGAAAUGGAAGAAAGACAAUAAGCUACCUAAUACUAAGAAUGUGAGGAAGAAAACCGGUGACCAAAGCAAAUCGAACGCGGCCAACGCUUCCGGUCAGGCUGGAAGUGCAAACAACCAAAAAAAGGGUCGAAAAUCCAAUGGUUCCGCGUUAAGCACAAAAUCAAAACAUCAACAGCAAAAUCACCAAAGCGAAUGCCUACGGACAGACAGUCUAGAAAGCAUGACGGAUAUCCACGGUACAAUGGCGGGUGGCAACACCGGAUCAUCGCAGUACAUCUCAUCUUCCGAUGUCAACGGUAUACUACCAAUGGCAAAUGGAAAUAGCGGGACCAACGGAUCUGGUAACACCAUUCAUAAUGACCAUCUUUCACAGCAUCAGCAACAGCUUCAGCAGCAUCAGCAGCUUCAACAGCAUCAACAGCAUCAAUCUCAAUUGAGCACCCAAUCAUCUAACAAUAAUAACAACAACAGCAACGCCGCCAGCAACAUGAACAGCGUCCAACAACAUUCCGUCGCCAUAAAAAAUGACUACGAUCUUACUGCACUGUAGAACCGACAUUUGCCACCAGCUUCAUAAUCCUUGCCACCACCAUCCGGGCGACCAUUUCUUACGGCUUGUUAAACUUUUGUUUCAUAUGAUGACCAUUAUGAUACAUAUUUUUCCGUUUUUGGCUUCUACGGUUUCAAAGAGCUUACCGACAUCAAUUGCGCCAAUAGUUUUAACAAUUAAUACAAACUGAUACCGAAACUAGAGAGCCAAACAUUAACUUAUUUUCACCGAUUUAAUAGUUUAGUGCUCAAGAAAGAUUCAUAACUCAAUUUGGAAUGUACAGCUUUCCCAUACAAGUGGCUAAUAUUGAAGCUAGUAACAGGAACUGGAAACUGCAAUGUUACACCUGCACCGCAAUUUGUAUAGCCAUGAUGUGUUUAGAAAGUAAUUGUAGGUUGUAGAAAAGAUAUCGAAUAUUUGCUCACGAACAAAAGCACAUUAUUCUGCGACUGGUGUGACAUUGGUAUUUAUGUUUCCCUUCUAUUCUUGUGCUGUCCGCGGUGCUGUGAGGCACAUGCAAGCUUUUUUGCAAGCUGUAUACGCAAUGGAUGUAUAGGAGAAUGGGAGUAUUGAUAAAGCAAGAAAGCAAAUUCGGAUGUAGAUGUAAGUAGUUUACAUGGGUAGUUAAUAACAUGACGGAGGAUAAAAUAUCGCAAGAUAUUGAAUAAAGAAUUAAUUUUUUUACAAGUUUUGAGACUCAUUGGUGUUGGUUGGAAUGAACAGGUGAAGCUGUAAACGCAAUUAGUUCGUUGCUUAUUGAACAUCAUGAAAACCAUCCAGGCGACAUGAGAGUCAAUCAUUUCUGUCAAAUCCAACCGACACCAACAACCAUACAAAUUCGGAUGAAACAGUGAUUUAGUUGUGUAAGUGAACUGCUAAGCUAAAACCUUUAUGUACAUAGUCGUUCGUAAAGUUGGAGGAAAAAAGCAUGUAAGUAAGCAGUAAGCCCUCUUGAAUUAAUGAAACAGAUGUUUUUGUUUUGCAAAAAAAAAUCUCAACAAAAUCACCAAAAAUCAAUUGAAGAACAAUUCUAUCUAUAAACAUUUUGUACCAUGGGUUAUAUCGACAAACAUCAUACUGAUUUGCACUACGUGCCAUUUAAUAGAUUUGUUUAUCUUUUCACAAUUGUUUUUUUGGCUAUCAUAUUACUUGAGGGUAUGUAGAUGUCCUUCUUUGAUUAUACACAACGGCAUAAAAGAAUGAAUUCUAGCUGUAAGCCAAAUGAGCAAAUGCGGCUCGAUGCUUCUUAUCAACUAUCUUUCAGAAGGCGUAAAAGCUUUAAAUAAUUGUUUAUUUGUUCCAUUUCAAGUCUCCGAACUACCUGAUCCCUUGCGGGGCUCAGUACAACAUUGUUCAAUUUGGCUUUCGUGAGCUAGAGGAAAUUCUUUUGCCAUCGAUGGGUUAGAUUUGGUUACAAAUCCAACAUUAAUUUGAAUUUUUUAUGUGCUGUUUACACAUUCCCUGCGUUAGUAAAAUUAUUUCUUACUCUACAUUAUACCGUACAAUAAAUGGCAUUACAUUGGAUUAGGAAUAUGUAGCUGUAUGAUUUGAAAAAAAAAAAACUGCAGCCAUCUUGUAAUGUUGGACUGAAAGAAGGACUUUAACGUAGAAAUAAGAUUACGCACGGAGUCAAACUGGGCUUUUCUUUAUGACAGUUUUGUUCAAUGUAUUUAAGCAGCUGCUCGCGAUUAUUUUAUUGUGACAAUGUGACAACAGCCAUAGCUCUAAGAUCAGCCAUUGAGUACUUCCGAGCGGGAAGUACAAAUUUAGAAUUAAGUAAGUGCUAGCGAAAAACAAAUAAAGUAAACCAUCAUAAUUUACCAACAAGUUUCCUUCAUUUUCGUUCUAAUUCAUACAAAUUGAACGCUGUUCAUGUUAUGGUCAUCGGUUUUUUAAACUUCUUCAAAUACCACUGAU